GGGGCAUCACAUCUUCAUAUGCCACCGUGAAAGACACUGCCAUCCUGCUGUUUCACCACACUCCACAGGUCCGCUUCUAUCUACAUUCUCGUUUGCCUCGAUGGACGUCUGUAUAUAAUCUGGCAUCAUCUAUUCAUCCGCUCUGUAAUUCACUGCUGCGACCCAGAAACUCAAUUAAGGCCGAAUCAGCCCUCGUUCAUGUCGUCGAUCGCUGUCGACACCACCGCAAACCUUCCCGUAUAGCAAAAACGCCGCCGAAAUGACCUCCAAACUUUCAGCAAUGUUUCUACCGGGUGAUGACUCGAAGAAAGAAUCAGAUUCAAAUGCUGGGAGAGAACAAAAUCGUGAUAAAGAGGAGGAUGUACAACCCAACGUUCGAUUCGCUUCGCAAGAUGAAGAAAUAGAUCCCCUAGACGGCUCGCAGCGUGAUCCGCAGAAGGGAGUCAUAACAGACGAAGAACUUGGACCAGAGGCGCACGAGCAGAUUAGAAAUUUGGCCAUGUCUCUACAGAAGUCUCGAUUGCAGGAAAAUCGGAUGGCUAAUUUUGCUUACGAGCCGGUUUCAAUGCCACCUUCACGGGUGCCAUCAAGGGACAGCGAUGUCCCUGGAACACCAAGAAGCUCGAUACGACCGGGCCAUGGCUCAAUAUCUUCAGCGUUUCAGUCACCACCUUUGACACCUCACGGCUCCAAAGAUGGGAGAACCGACAGCGUUGGAGCAGGUAAAAGUCAUCAAAAACAAGAUGCGAUCACACCACAAACCUCCCCUCCUCCCGAGUCUCAAGGCAGAGCGCUCUCUCAGACCACCUCACCUUCUCACCCCAUCUCCAGACCAGCAUCCGGCGAGAAACCUACCAUUGGCCAGGAAAAGAGAGUGCCAAAGUUCGAGAUCGGUCCAUCUGAAUCCGCGAGUCCGGUAGACCAGAGCCCUGUAGGAACCCCAAAGCUUCGACCUGCAUCUCCCCAGCCAGCCUCUCCCCAGCCAGCUAAGGCCGAGGCAAAAGUCGAACCACGUCAUUUCGGAAGCACAGGAAGACAUUCGCUGGCACCGGCGAUUGCGGCUGCAGCGGAGCGGAUACCUCGGCCAGGAAGUAGUAGCGAUCUCGCAGGCUCUGAAAAGCGGUCGUCAAUAUUCGGGGGAAAGAAAGACCCUUAUUCGCAUGUCAGUGAGAAUAGUGAGAAGGGUGGGUUGGAUGGAAAGAAGCAUGGGUCCAUGUCUGAACUAAAGCGAUUUUUCAGGCUGGGUGGGCAUGGCCACAAGCAUAAGCAUCAACAAGAGUCACCGGCAACCUCAGCUCCUGCAUCGAGGAAAUCGACAUCGACGAAGUCAGGGACAAGAACCCCUCCUCACCAAGCACCUCCAGCCGCGGUCCCUUUCGCCGACGAACACAGUCUUGAGGCCAAGUACGGCAAGUUUGGCAAAGUCCUCGGAUCCGGGGCUGGUGGUUCGGUCAGACUACUCAAGCGAAGCAGCGAUGGUGUUACGUUCGCCGUCAAGCAAUUUCGAGACAGGCAUUCGUGGGAGAGUGAAAAGGACUACUCGAAGAAGGUCACCGCCGAGUUUUGUAUUGGUUCAACGCUACACCAUGGAAACAUCAUCGAGACCAUGGACAUCAUCCAGGAAAACAACAGAUGGUACGAAGUCAUGGAGUAUGCGCCCUAUGACUUGUUCGCCAUUGUCAUGACUGGCAAAAUGUCCCGGGAAGAGAUCGCCUGUGCUUUUCUCCAGAUUGUUAACGGUGUCAGCUAUUUACACAGUAUGGGGUUGGCACACCGCGAUUUAAAGUUGGAUAAUGUGGUUGUGAGCGAACACGGCAUCAUGAAGUUGAUCGACUUCGGCAGUGCAACAGUGUUCAGAUAUCCUUUUGAGAACGAGAUUGUGCUUGCAUCUGGUAUCGUCGGAUCCGAUCCUUACCUUGCUCCUGAGGUGUACGAAGAGAAGAAGUAUGAUCCAACUGCUACCGACAUUUGGUCCUUGGCAAUCAUCUUUUGCUGCAUGACAUUGCGUAGAUUCCCGUGGAAGCAACCUCGACUUGUCGACAACUCUUACAAGUUAUUCGUCUCUCCACCAACGCCAGGAACGCCAGUUCCAGAUUCCAAACCGAGAAAGAGCUCCACUUUGUCACCAGAGGAAGAAAACGGCUCACGACGUCCGUCAGAGGCAGCCAGCCACUCCCACCAUCACCAUCACUCAGAAAGUCCGGAAACCGAUUCAAGGCCCACGACCUCGAGUGGAGACAAGCAAGAGGUGAUCAAAGGUCCUUGGCGACUAUUGCGCAUUCUACCCAGGGAGAGCCGUCAUAUCAUCGGUCGAAUGCUCAAAGUCGAUCCUGCUGAACGAGCAACCAUGGACGAAGUUCUGGAGGAUGAUUGGGUGCUGAGCUCAAAAGUAUGUUACCAGGAAGAGAACGGCGUGGUUCAUCGCGCAGACAACCACACGCAUGUCUUGGAGGCAGGAUCUGGCGGGCCUCCACCGGCAAAGGUCUAGAAGAGCCAUGAUCGGAAGGAAUUAGAUGGACUUGUGGGUGACGUUCUCUGUUUCAAUCACCGAUUCGAGGCCCCAAAGUCUGUCACGGAAUUCAGAACUCAGCACGGCUCGAUGUUACGGCAUUGCAUGGGAGCUGAAAUGGGAUGCGUCAAUGUUUGCACGAUUCUUACGCAACUGUUUGUUGGAGAAAAGGGCGGGAAUCUGUUCGAAGCUUUAAAUUACAUUUGUAGAUACCAGUUGAUUACGGCCAACAAAUGAUACAGCAUUGUAUCAGUAUUCUGG